AUGUCGGUUCAUGCCCCUGAUACCGCCUGGUCGGCCUCUUCUUACUACAACCACCACAACCACAACCACAACCACGGUCACAAUCACAGCCACAGCCACAACAACCACCACCAUAGAUCUGGUGGUUCUACUCCUCCCCCUCCUCCCCCUCCCAAGGAUGCUCCUCUGACUCCACCUUCCUCUGCCUUCGACUCUCCCAGUCUGAAGGUUUCCAACUACGAGGAAGAAGAUGAAGGCGAUGACUUCCAGCGAUAUCUCGCCCAGUCGUACCGAGAACAAGAAGAUGAAUACAGACCCCCUUCUGAAGAGGAAGAAGACAAAAAUAAUGGCCACUCUCUUCAUCGCGCCGCUUCAAUAUACUCCCUCUCUCGCACUUCCUUCGCUGCUCAAUUGUCGCGCCUCACUUCCCUCUCCAUGCCUCUCGGAACCGACCUUAGAUCUGAAAUCACAUCUCUCCCUUCUGCCAAAGCUGGCAUCGACAAGCUCGAUAGCGCCUACUCUCAAAUGCAGCGCUGGAUGCAGACCGCCAAGACCGUCCUGCAGGGCAUGGACGCCUCUGACGAUGUCGAGUGGGCUGCCGAGGGUAAAAAGUCUCUUGGAGACGUCGAAUCUGCCAUGAGAAGCUUUGAAGGCCUCGUCAAGGUCUAUGUCGAUAGCAUCGAAUCCAUCCAAGACCGCCCGGAUAUCAACACUGUCGAGCCUCCUUCUCUCAAAUCUGUCAUUGACCAGAUGGAUAUCACUGUAAAACAAUGGAAGGAGGUUCAGGAUCUCUUGCACGGUGUCAAGGCUCAGGUCGAAACCGCCAUGGAGUGGACCGAACUCUGGAACUCCAUCAUGAACGAUAUCCAGGCCGAACUCGACGCCUGCAUCAACUGUGUUUUCGAGUGCGAGGAGAAACGAAACAGAGUCCAUACCCAGGAAAACCUCGAUAUCGACAAGCUGGCCUCCAUAGUCGAGGGUGAGAAACAAAACAAUAAGAUCUCGCCGGAGAGGGAGGAUAUGUCCACUGCCCUCUUGGGUCUCUUUGCCAGGAUGCAACCAUUACGAGCUAGUCUCGAUUUCCUUCCCAUGCGUAUACAGCAGUUUCAGUAUCGUGCCGAAGAAGUUUUCCCGACGGCUUGUGAAGAUUUGGAAAUGCGAAGAGAACAGCUUGAGAAGAAAUGGAAAAAUCUCGAAAAGGACGCUGAUGUCUUGAAGAAAGAACUCGGAGAGGAUAAAUGGGUUGCUAUAUUCAGGAACGCUGGAAAACAAGCUAGCAACAUGAUGGAGAGCGUUGAGCGGAGCAUCUUUAAGGUCAAGGUUCGCACUCAAGACGCCUCCAACAUCACAACUGACGGCUCUCUCCUCAAACUUGUCGAAAACUACGAGACAAAACGAACACACUACGGCUCUGCGAUAGAACGUGUGCUCGGAAUCGUCAAUAAAGGCAUGCAAGAUAGGCUGACCGUUAACGGGGAGAUCAUUCGUCUCCACACCGAUCUUCAAGCCCACUGGAAGAACAUCGAACAGGAAAUGCAGGAUUUGGAUACUCGACUGGCCUCAAUUGACCUUUCGCAACCUCAAGACAUGCUUCCGACCCCGGUCUCCACCUCAGCUUCUCACUUCGCUGAUGAAUUGUCAUCGAAUGGCUCCGUCGGGAGUACUGGUAGAGCAGCCGGGCAGAAUAUGAAGCGUCAUUCGAUAGCCAUGACACCCUCUGCAAACUCUCGACUACCCCGCCUCCGUUCCAUAUCUGGAGCUUCUUCCUUGAAGACUCAAAUUCCUGUCCCGAAUUCACCGAUCUCCCCAAAUACGGCCUCCCCGAACCCAGCUUCCAGAAGAUUAUCGGUAUUACCUGUUCUAAACACCCCAAAACCACCAAAUCCUUCUAUGCUUUCCCCUACGACUUCCAGAGGAAGUUCGCCUUCUCUCACCUCUCGCCGUCUCUCCUACCAAACGCCACCAAACCGACCCACACUCUCCCGCAAACCCUCGAACCCUGGCUCCAACGACGGCAGACCGCGCUGGAACGGUUCCACAAACACGUCUGGCAACGGUUUUGGGCAUAACUUUAAACCCAUUACCGUUACCGAACCAAGUCCUUAUCGUAUGGACACCGGCAUACCGUCGCCAUCUAAACUCCCACGUUCGGGAGACAUGUCUCCGCUCACGACACGACCUACCCCUUCGUCGAGUAGGAAGUAUCCCCCAACAUCGAUGAGAUCACAGCCAUCCCAUGACUCUAUUGGAAGUGUUGGGAGCGGUGGCCGAACCAGCAGAAACGAUAAUGGGUCGGCUUUUAGCAAAGCUUACUCACACGUUAGAAGUAGCGGGUACGGCCGACCAUCAAGUGCACUGGGAAAGAAUAACAGCCCCAGCAAGAUCCCGACCCUGACAACAAGUAUGCCUUCCGCCAGAAGUGGAACACCGGAGCCGCCGAUGUCUGCUAGAACGCCUGCAUCAAAGCGAUUCUCAAUGCCACCAAUCAGUAAGAAACCAGGAUCGGUCGAUUUAAGACCGGGUUGGAAAUGA